GGUUUUUAUCUAAAUGACGUGAUUUUCAAGAUGUUUUACUUGAUUUCUUAGCAAAAUGCAUUAAACAAAUGUUUUCAAUACUUGGUUUUUAUUUUGGAGAACUUAGAUUUUUGACAUUGGCUAACGGCAUGACUAAACCAACCAUGGGUCUGGCUAAACCAGCCCAACAGCGCUAUCUGGCAUGGGCAGCUGAAAACCAUGGUUUGGCGUUAAGUCUUCCAACAGCAAUCUAUUCGUGUGGGGGCUCCUCCGCUAUUCCGACUAAGUCUGGGCCGAGCUCGACCCCUCUGCCUGCUCUACGGGACUCAGAGGACUCUGACUCCGAAUCCGAGUUGGUGCACCUUGAUCCCUACGUGAAGAUUCUGGGGUUCAUCUAUUACUCCUCGGAGGAGGAUGUCAAGACUCCUCCCCGGCCAGCUCUCCGCGAGGAGGCCGCCGCUCUCCCAGCCGCUCCUAAUCGUAGGGGCCGAAGGCGUCGUCCUCCCACUCUUCCGGCCGAGGGCCCGAGUGAGAGUUCUAUGGCAUCCCACCAUCCGAGCCGCCAAUCCAUCGAAGACCCGGGCUCGCCCAGAUUCGGCGAAUCCACCGGCUGCUCCUUUGUUGGCAGUGCCCCUUCACCUCCUUCCUACCCCUGCCGUGCCCAUGCAGGCGAGGGUGGAAUUGUGGCAGGCUGCAUUGGAAUUUCACGUUUUCAUGUUUUAACUCUUGGUCUCCUUUGCCUCCAACAACCUGAGUUUCACAAUACCUUCCACCUUCUGGAAUCUAAGAGACUUGAUCUAUUUAGACUUGUCAUCCAACAAUCUCAGCAAGGCUUGACAACGGUAGACCUCUCCAAUAACAAUCUUUCUCGAAUCGUACCCAAUUCUUUAGAAGCCCUCACCGAUCUUCAAGUUUUUAACGUGUCUCACAACAAAUUGAGAGGGGAGAUUCCAAACAGGCGCGUUUUUCCAGCUUCACUGUUCAAUGUUUUGCAGACAACUCCGAUCUCUGCAGCGUUGCGACUAGAAGAGUGCAUGUCCCGCCUUGUGCUGAACAAAACCACAAAAGAUCUAAACGUGUUUCCCGGGAGAUGGAAACAGACAAAAGAAAAGCCUCCUGCUGAGGAUAUCUCUCUCUGGAGACUAAUCUCUUACAUGGAACUUGUGCGGGGCACAGCUUCUUUCAAUGACACAACCGUUAUUGGGAGAGGAAGCUUUGGUUCAGUAUUCAAAGCAACACUUUCUGACAGCUUAAACAUUGCAGUGAAAGUGUUUAAUUUGCAGCGAGCAAAAUCUUUGAUACUGAAGAUAUUGAACAUUGCAAUAGAUGUGGCGUUAGCCUUGGAAUAUCUUCAUCACAACCACACCUUUGCUGUUUUACAUUGUGAUUUAAAACCAAGCAAUGUGUUGCUUGAUGAAAAUAUGAUUGCUCAUGUUGGUGACUUUGGCAUUUCCAAGCUCUUUGAUGAAGGGGAGGCUAUGACUCAGACUAAAACCUUUGCCACGGUCGGCUAUGCAGCACCAGUAUAGAUCUGAAGGGAAAGUAUCCACAAGCAGAGAUGUGUACAGUUAUGGGAUAAUGUUGGUGGAGAUGUUUACGUGCAAGAAGCCGACAGAUGAUAUGUUUGGUGGGCAAAUGAGCAUGAAGGAGUGGGUGAUUGGAGCAAUGCAAAAAAUGCAACUUGUGAAAUCGUGGCACCUGGUUUGCUUCUAUCAAGAGUGUUAAACAUAUUAAGUAUAUAUUUAGUAUCUUUUGUAUAUAGUAGUUUCCAUACAUGUAUAGUCCUCAUUAAUUAAGGAUUCCUAAUAUAGUAGGUUUCCCAGG